AUGGCACACGGAUCCCACGAGAAACUAAACCGGCCAGUAGCCAUAAAGAAUGUUGCUACACGGCCUGUGAAAAUUGAACCCACAAGGGCUAGCAAGUUAGUCCGAAAGUUCAAGGAACUAGCGAGGCGAGAACUCUGGACGAAGGAAGACCCGGGUCAUAGCGUCGAUUGGACCGACGAACGGGUAUGGGAGAAGAUCAGAAAAGAGGGCCGUUUCUAUCAGGCAGACGAGAUGCUUGUUAGUUGUGGAACAGUCACAGUCGACCAGGCUGAUUCGACACGGCCCAUGGUAUUGGUAAUCUAUAACAAAAACAUCGGUAUAUAUCAAUUACCUAAGGGGCGCAAGAAUUUCGACGAGGGAUACCCUGAAGCAGCCCUCCGCGAGACGUCCGAAGAGACCGGAGUGGCCGUUCAACCAUUGCGGCUUAGAUUUGGAUCCAGAUCGACGCCACCGAGGCUAGCCCCGGUCCAGACCACUACCCGAGUAACCAAAUAUGGUCUCGAGGACAAGCUUACGGGUAUUACAGAGAGCCUCAACAAAGAGAGCAUUGGUGCUAGUGAAUGGUGCGUUAUAUAA